GUCUCAUUUGCCGUCUCAUUAAGGCGGGUCGGAUUGCAGGGCGUGCGGUGCUCCUUGCCGGGCAGCCGGGCACAGGCAAAACGGCCAUUGCGAUGGCCAUAGCAAAGGAGCUCGGCGCGGAUACUCCCUUCACGCAUUUGUCAGGAUCUGAGAUCUUCAGCUUGGAGAUGUGCAAGACUGAGGCCCUUACGCAGGCCUUUCGACGUUCCAUAGCCGUCCGUAUCAAGGAGGAAGCAGAAAUUAUUGAGGGAGAAGUUGUGGAAAUCGAGAUCGAUCAACCUACUGGAAGUGGCGCCGCUAGAACGGGCCGGAUGUCCCUCAAAACCACGGAAAUGGAGACAUUGUAUGACUUGGGUUCAAAGCUUAUAGAUGCUCUAACCAAGGAAGGCGUGAGUGCUGGAGAUGUGAUUUCCAUCGACAAGGCGAGCGGCAAAGUCACAAAGAUCGGUCGAGGCUUCGCAAGGGCUAAGGACUUCGACGCCGUGGGUCCUACCACCCGGUUUGUCCAGUGCCCUGAGGGCGAGCUCCAAAAGCGGAAGGAGGUGGUUCACACAGUCACGCUCCAUGAAAUUGACGUCAUCAACAGCAGGGCACAAGGCUUCUUGGCCCUCUUCGCUGGUGAUACAGGCGAAAUAAAGCCGGAGGUCCGCGAACAGAUCGAUACCAAAGUGGCAGAAUGGAAAGAAGAGGGAAAGGCGGAAGUAAUUCCUGGCGUACUUUUCAUAGACGAAGUCCACAUGCUCGACAUCGAAUGCUUCUCGUUCUUGAAUAGGGCCCUUGAGAGCGAAGCGGCCCCUAUCGUGGUCAUGGCAACCAACAGAGGUAUCACCACCAUCCGGGGCACAGACUACAAAGCUCCUCACGGCGUGCCCCUGGACCUUCUGGAUAGAACUCUCAUCAUUGCUACGGAACCGUACUCGGAGCAGGAAAUGCUAAAGAUUAUCGAGCUGCGUGCGGAGGAGGAGGACGUAGAGCUCGAGCCGGAAGCCCAGCAGUUGCUCUGCCGCAUAGGUCUGGACUCUUCUCUGCGGUAUGCACUCCAUCUGAUAACAGUGGCGAAUCUCGUCGCCAAGAGAAAGAAGAAGGCAGCUGUAGACGUGGAGGAUGUUCGCCGGGUGUACACACUCUUCCUGGAUGUGAAGAGAAGCACAGAGUACUUGGUAGAGUACCAGAGAGAGUUCAUGUUCUCCGAACUCAACGAUCAGGGUGCCGGGGAUGUCACUAUGGAAGAGGCGAAGACGGAAACUGUCGGGGCGUAA